CUCUACGGUACACGUGAGUGUGGUGUCAGUAUUUACACAGCGUCGCGUAUGAAGGAUGGCUUCUGUGUUCAUCUCCCCUGUAAAACCUGGUAGCUUUGUGUUAUUGGUACUGAUACUGAUGAACCCGAGCCACACACACAGUACUACCAGCAAUACUACCACAGGAUCUUCAACAAAGAUUACAAAAUACACGGCGACAAGUCCAAAUUACAAAAACGACAACUUAACGUUUGAAUCUUCCUGUGUUGCUCUCAAUUGGUCGGCAGCGGUGACAAACUGCAUCGACAACGAUGCCGAGAUAUUCUCUGUAGAAGAUUUAAUUACAUCCAUCGGCAGCAAUGUGUUGAAGAAUGCUACUGCUGAACACACCAAGAUAUGGAUAAACAUAAAUGAUACCUGCUGGACAUCUUUCAAUGGGUCAUUCGAGGGCGCCAACUGUAGUGACUCCAACUAUUAUGUCUGCACAUCGAACACAAGUACCAGUUCUGAUUGGUACGUACCUUGUCGAAAUGAAACCACGGAUGCUUCCACGCAAGGAUCUACAACAUCAACACCACAGAUUCAAACCACAACCCAGGGAUCAAACACAAAAGUUCUAAUCAUCGCUUCUGUGGUAUGUGUGAUAGUGGCUCUUGUUGCUGUGGUCAUAAUCUCAGGCUGUUAUAUCAUUAAACGCAACAAGAAACCAAUCAAGUACGCAGUGAGAACUGAGAGUGUUAUGUAUCACAGACAGCACCCGGAUCCUGGUAUAGUAGAAGAACCGCAGCUGGCAGAUGUGCAGCUGGUAUGUCCUACAGAAGCUGACGGUGGAAACAGUGGCAUGAGUGAAAGGCAGGACGGUGAAUAUGACAUUCUGUGUCGACCAGUGGGCAAUGGAGGUAAAGUUGUCCCGUCAGACAGCACGGCCGUGUACAGCCAUCUGUGUGCAUCUAACGCAGCAGCUGGACCCCAGGAAGAAAACAAUUAUGACACCACCACGCUGCCACAGUAUGACAGGAGGCCUGUUGACAGGAUAUAUGACAGAAUACAUGUGCCUGACAAUUAAAUAUACUCAUAUGUAGUAACGAAGGAUAUAAAAAUCCCUGUUAGUGGUGGCAAUAGAUGAGUGCUUCUUUGUUCAGUUGAUCAUUGGUUAUUGUAUUUAUUGGUAGCGCAAUGAUUGCGAUACUGCCGACGUAUUAGCUAUACCUGUAACACUUUCGCCAUACAUCGUCAGUUUAGCAGUAUGUCUGUUUCAUGUAUUUUCGACUGAAAAUAAAACUUCCUCUCAAUAGUA